UUCUGGUUCUCCGGUUAUAUACGACUAAAUAAUUUAGCAAAACAUAAAAAAUCACGCGCCUCGCAUUCUUUUUCCCUCCCAUCUACUCGCUCGUGAAGUUUACAUACAAAGACGGAGAGUGGGGAAAGUCCAUACAGAAGGUGUUUUCUCUUAUAUUUUUCGGUUUGUUUCCUGAUUCAACAACCGAGAGUUUGCUUUAUAAUCAAAGUUUCGUCGAAACCGAAACUCUAUAAAUAUCCAACGCUAUAAAAAGCCUUUUCCCUUCUUUUUCUUGUUUUCUUUUUAUCUCUCCUCUGAGUUGAGCAUCGAUUUGGUAUUAUACGAUUUUUAGCUUGAUUCUCGUUCUCGUUCUCUGCGAUUUCUUCUCCUCUGCAGGUGAUUAUAAUCUUCUCCCUCUCCCUCACCUCGUUAACUCACAUUUUCUUUGCUUCUCUUUCUUUUUUGCCGCCGAGUAGUUUAGUUCAUUACGGCGUUGCCAAUUUCGUUUUCUUUUGUUUAUAUAUUUUACUCUGGGGCUUUCUUUCACUUAUUGAACAAGGAAAUGGUGCAUUAACCGUUUGGUUCAUUAGUUUUCUCUUUUGUCCUGGAAGUUACCUGCAUUUCUCGAGCGGCGUUUCUGUUUCGCGUUUGGUUAACUUCUUUUCUUCGUCGCUGUUUGAUUUCGAGGUUUCUAAACUAAGUGCGCUUUUUUUAUUCUUUUCCAAAAGCUGUUUGCUUUGGUACGUAAUACCGUUCCGUUGACUGGCUCUUGUUCAAAGCUCGAUUAAGUUCUUUUGCUUUCUUAAUCUGAUGAAUAGGCAAAUCUCUGCUAUUUACAGGAUUUUUUCCAGUUUAAUUUUCUAACAGUUAUAGCAGUUUUUAAUUGAAGAUUUUAUGUGGAUGUCAUAAUUUUCAAAUACCUUUUUUUUUUUCCUCUUUUUUAAAAUUUGAGUUGUUUUCUGUUCUGUUUUCUUCAAGAUUUUGAUUUUUUUCUUCUCAAAAUCAAUUUCCUAAUGGUUCCAUUGUUGUUUCUUUGAGUAGAUAUAUACAUUUAAAAAAAAAAAAAAGAAAUUUGACCGAUCGUUACAUGAUUGGUUAGUUCAGUUUUUUCGGUUUUUUUCCUUAACCGCAUAACGGAUGUUGUCAAUGUCUAUUCCAAUUUGUCUGCCCCUUAUAGCUGUGUUGGCUUAGGCUGAUGUGAUAUUCCCUCUGUUUUCAUCUCUGAUUUUUUUUUUUUCGUUUAUAUAUAUAAAAGAAAAUUGUAGCUGUAUUGUCAACCUCUCUACCUAUUAUAUGAAUGGCUCAAUACCAACUGUUCACUUGCAAGUUAUAAUCAAAAUUCGCCUUGUCAAAGUCGUAUUUUUCAAUAGUUGAAUCUUCAAAUUUUCACAAAAAAAAAAAAGAGAAAAAACUAUUAAUUCUCCGGUAGUUUCCUUAACCCUGCUGGUUAAACAAUGAUAACAAGUUACUGAUUUUGGAUAUACUUUAAUGCUUUUUGUGGUAAUUUUGAUGCUGAUGCAUGGAAUGUAUGAUAGCAACAUAAGUAUGGUGGAACCUGAAAUUUCAAUUUUUGGUUUUCCCAUAAUGAUUUAAUUCAAUCAGUUAAUCUUUUAUAUGCUUGGGCUGGGGUCCAUUGUAUUUUAAUGUUUUUCCCAUACUUCACUGUAGGCCAGUUAUGUGUGGUUGCGUUUAACGUGGUUUCCCUCUCCACUUUGUGGGGGCAAGAUAGCUUUUUAUUAAGACAACUAACAUUUUCUUAUAUUUUUCUCUACCAGAUAUCAGUUUUUUUUUUUUUUUUGUGGGCUAGUUUUAUUUAUGAAUGAAUACUUCUAUUUCAUUUUUUUUUCUUUUUUUCAUGUAUAUUCAGGCUUUGCUGUCUUUCGCAUGCUUAGUUUGAGCAUGAUGUAGGUGAUUGUUGAUCCUUUUUCCCUACAGUUACAGAUGUUCGCUUUCCAGUCAUUUCAUGAUGGUGGUAUUAUUGUUUACUUUUUUAGUUCAUGAUGUUAGUGAUGUCAAAUUUCUUGUAGUGGCGUUUUUAAAGGAAAAAAAUUGUUUGUUUUUGUUUUUUUUUAUAGAUCACUAGGAUUAACUGAGUAAGUAUAUUCAUUGGCAACAAUGUGUCUUGAAUUAACAGAAUCGGGGUCUACCUAGAUACAUACAACUUUAUUUUGAUAUUUUAGAAGAAUUUUGUGUAAAUAUAUAGUCCAGUUGUUUAAAAAGAAAGAUAAUAGCACAAGUCAUUGUUUAGUGUUAGUGUCCAACACUUUAUCACUUUGCAAAUUAAGUUUGUCUGGUAAGAAUAGGACUGAACUUUAAAAGGAAUCUAAGUCUGUGUGGAAUUUAUUGCAUUUCCUGGUAAUGCUUCAAUGUUCCUUUGGAAAAUUUUCAUGCUUAUAAAGUUCCUUGUCCUAGCAAGUUGUUUGUCAGAUAUCACUUGUUGUUCUCACUGAGAUGAUUUUCCCCUCCUUUCAAAAUGGGUUUAGUUCAUCUGAGCUGAUGGUUUUCAUUUGUAUGUCAUCUUUGCUCAUUUUCAUCUUCCAAGCGCUUCCUAUUACACAUAUUUGAUACUGUCAAAAGAAUUUUUUUGUCCUGCUACUCUUCUGCUCCACCUUCUGGUUUUCUGAAGUUAAUUGUUUGGUGAGGCAUAUUUCAUACCAUGCCUUCCUUAUUUUGUGAAAUUUGUUUAGUGGUUCAGCAUUUGUUGGCCAUUAUUUCAUUCUCACUCUUGAUGGAUGUUAUUCUGGAUCUGUACAUUAAUCAUACUUCUGAAAUCUAUAAUCUGCAGAUAUUGUUUAUGCACAUCAGUUUUAAGCAGAGUAACCAAGAGAUAUGAACAGUAUUCAGGGUCCUUAUGCUUGAUGGACUGCUUGCCAAACAGCAGUGACAAGAAAGCUCUAAAGAGGUGGUUCUUCAUUGAUAAAAGGGUUGGCUGAAUAGAAUAUUUGACAUUAAACAUUAAGAUUUGUUUCUUUGCACUUGAGUGGAUAGUUUGCUAAGGAAUCUGUUAGCUUUUACGAUAUAAGUAGUGAUUCAAAGCUGGAUCCAAUGGACCUGAAAUCCAACCACACUGCUCCUGUUGUUGCUGAUUCUGCUCCAAUAAGCAAGUCAAGAUUAGGAGUACCUUCCAGUCUGUUGCCAUACUCAUCCUCAGGAGCGUUCUCUCCAAAUCUAUUUCUAACUGUUCCCAGGAAGAAAAAUGGAAUUCUUGAUGAUAUUCGUGCCAGCAGCCUGGAUGCUAUGAAAUCCUCAUCACCUCCUCAUAAGAAAACCAGGGAUUUCAACAAUGACCUCGUAGCAGCUGAUACAGAUGUUGCAUAUCGGACAUGGAUGGUUAAAUAUCCAUCUGCACUUACAUCUUUUGAGCAAAUUACAAAUUUUGCAAAAGGCAAGAGAAUAGCAUUGUUUCUGGAUUAUGAUGGGACUCUUUCACCAAUUGUGGACAACCCGGAUAGUGCAUUUAUGUCUAACGAUAUGCGAGCUGCUGUAAAAAAAGUUGCUAAAUGCUUCCCAACAGCAAUAAUUAGUGGAAGAAGCCGCGACAAGGUAUACGAGUUUGUAGGACUAACGGAUCUCUAUUACGCGGGAAGUCAUGGAAUGGACAUCAUGGGUCCUGUUACGCAAUUUUCUGAUGAUCACUCUAACUGCAUUAGAUCUACCGAUAAGCAGGGCAAGGAAGUUAAUUUAUUCCAGCCUGCUGGUGAAUUCUUACCUAUGAUUGAUGAGGUUUUUAACUUACUUGUCAACAACACCAAAGAAAUUCAAGGAGCUAAAGUUGAAAACAAUAAGUUCUGUGUCUCCGUUCAUUACCGCAAUGUAGAUGAGAAGAAUUGGACAACGGUUGCACAAUGUGUCAAUAAGGUCAUUAGAAGCUACCCUCGUCUGCGAUUGACUCAUGGGCGGAAGGUUUUAGAGGUUCGGCCUGUGAUCAACUGGGAUAAGGGGAAAGCUGUUACAUUUCUACUUGAAUCACUUGGGCUUAGCAAUUGUGACAAUGUGCUUCCCAUUUAUGUUGGAGAUGACCGGACAGAUGAAGAUGCAUUUAAGGUUCUGAGAGAGGGAAAUUGCGGAUAUGGCAUUUUAGUUUCAUCCGUGCCCAAAGAGAGUAAUGCAUUUUUCUCCCUGAGGGACCCACAAGAGGUCAUGGAGUUUCUUAAAUCACUGGUGAUUUGGAAGAAGACGACAAGUGCUCUCUGAAAUCUUGAAUACAACAAAUAAUAUAGAGAAGAAGAAAAAUACUCUGAUACAAGCAUAGAAUAAGAUAGCCUAUAUGUUUACUUAGUUAACACACGGAGGCUUUGGAGUGGAAUUGCACAGAGGAACUCCAGUAGUCCCCAGGACUGGUGCCUUAUUGUUUCUGCUCAAUGCUUCUUGUCUUAACUGUAUAUUCCUGCAUGCUUUAAUUAUCGUUCUUACUGGUGCGCCAAGGAUAUGCUUCACUUCUCAGAUCCAGUAAUUCGUGUUUCCCCUUCUUCGGUUUUGGUCAGCUGCUCUCUCUUCCAAUGGAAAACACUAAAUAUUUUUUUCAUUCUUUUUUAAGUAUUCAAAUGCUUAUAUGUAUAAACUCUUCUGGCUAUAUUUUCAUGCAUUCUUCUCUAUGACUUUUUCCUUAAUUUUUAAUGGAAGUGCACACUCAAUUUUUUUGAAGAAGUCCACGUGGUCUGGCUGAGGACUUAGAAGUUCUUUUGUUUGUCACAACUAACAAAUCAAGAGUUUGUGACCCAGCUAGUUAGUAACUUGGGAAGUUUUGCUGUAGUAACUCAGCUAGAAACUUCGUGUAACCUGGGCUUUGGUCAGCUGUAUUAUCAACUUAUUACUGUUUCUGCUGAGAAGGACUAAUGGAAUUAAUAACAUUUUGGAUUAGAAAACAAUCUCCCUCCACUCAGGUACAGUGUUGUAGAAUCCAUAAGACUUUUGUGAUGGAAAAUAUGUUACUCUAUGUCAAAAGCAUUGAUGGUAAAUCAACAAGAUCUUGUGUAAUAGUACACCUGGUCACUAAACCCAACCCAAGUGACAGGUUCCUUCUUGUCCAGUUGAGGCAAAAAUUUUCACAUGCAGAUGUGUCCCCUUUUUUUCUGACUGCCUCAAUCUUUCUCACUCCUUUACUGGUUCUUGGAUAAUUACAUUCAUGGAAUUACUGUCUUCAAUUUCAAGUGGCUGUCUGUCUCCAUGAUUGUGAGGAAGGAAGGGCGUGAAGCAGUAAAGAAGACAGCCGACGUGGGUCGGUAGCAAUGCCGGUCCCAUCCCCUAUCUUGAUGACCGAUAUUGAAUGAGUAAUGUUGAUAUGGAUAUGGUUCCCUUCAAUAAUUUUACGUAUCUUUUAUUGCAUGAUGUCUCCAUUUAUUCUAAAAGACAAUGAUCGAUGGACCAUGACAUAAACACUUGCUUCAUCUUUGCUCAAUGCUUGCUGAAUAUUAAAUAAGAUCUUCAUGAUACACGUGAAUGACCCUGGUUGGUGGCAAACUCAGUUAUUUCAAA